CCCACACACACAAGCCAAUACUACUCACAAGAGCUAGCUAUAGCUAGAGAAGCUCAUAGCACACUUGAAAAGCUAUAGCUAGCUGAGAUAGCAAUGGCGCCAUCCAAGCUUGCCCUCUUUCUCGCCCUGUCCGUCCUCGCCUUCGCGGCGGCCGUUCACGGCUGCACGCCGUACUGCCCUACCCCGCCGGUGGUCCCCACCCCGCCGGUCGUGCCGACGCCGUCCGGCGGUGGAUCCUGCCCGAUCAACGCGCUCAAGCUGCAGGUGUGCGCGAACGUGCUGAACCUACUGAAGCUCAACAUCCCCGGCCUGGGGAACGACCAGUGCUGCCCGCUGCUGCAGGGGCUCGUCGACCUCGACGCCGCCGUCUGCCUCUGCACCGCCAUCAAGGCCAACAUCCUCGGCAUCAACCUCAACGUGCCCAUCGACCUGCGCCUCCUCCUCAACCACUGUGGCAAGGUCUGCCCCGCAGACUUCACCUGCCCCCUCUAAGUAACCACUGCCUUGCUGCGAUCUUGUGCACCUAUGUUAUUAUAGUCUAUGUGUUGGUCUAUAUCUGAAUGCACGUAUGUGUUCUCUUCACUUCGGUGUCCGGGUGAUGGAUCGGGAGAGCUUUUGCCAUGUAAAAUAUUGUUCUAUUUCAUCAUACAAACAUUUGUGUCUGUAACUUCAUAUAUACGUGAAUAAAAGUUCAUACAAGUUGUGUCAA